CACAAUUACAUUCUUCUCCCUAAGUUAACAAACGGCCCGCGUUAACAAAAAAACGAGCGGUACAUCAGUAAUCCGGCGGGGCCAGUGUAUUGGCAUUCUGAUUCGCCGCCGUUGUCAAUAACCAAAGUCACGUUCAGACACGAAGUGAGCUCUGCACCACGGCGUUGCUGAACUGAAGCCCGAGUGAUUCCCUUGAACCUUGCAUUACCGAACAGCACCAUCCAUGGCCUUCAGCAUAUCAAGAGCACGCUUGCGCCGCACUCUCUCACCCCUCUUACCCCGUACUUGCAGACCAUAUUGUUCUUCUUCAGCCUCAGUUCCCGAACCUCCUCUUCAACACGAUACAAGCGAGACUUCCCAAACCAGUGAAAGCAUUAAUAAUCCCACUCCCGAAGAAACCCUCAUAGUCGACGAAUUCCAUGCCGCGAUUAAAGACCACUACUGCAGAAACCCCAUUUCUAACCCUAACGCCCCUCCCCCCUCUCCCAACCUAACUAUACCCGAUCUCUCCUUCGAUCUUUCUAGAAUCUCCGCCACCCACGCGCUUUCUCCUUCCAUCGCGCGUCGAGUCAUCGAGAAAUGCGGCGGUGUCCGUCACGGCAUCCCUUUCCUCCAAUCGCUGGCGUUCUUCAACUGGGCCACAGCCCUCGACGGUUUCCCCUCUUCUCCUGAACCCUACAACGAAAUGCUCGACCUCGCCGGAAAACUUAGGCAUUUCGACUUAGCGUGGCACUUGAUCGAUUCGAUGAAAGCUCGCGGCGUUGAAAUAACCGUUGAGACGUUCUCUGUUCUCAUCCGAAGAUACGUGAGGGCCGGAUUGGCUGCGGAGGCGGUGCACGCUUUUAAUCGUAUGGAGGACUAUGGUUGCACGCCUGAUAAGGUUGCAUUUUCAAUUGUGAUUAGUAGUUUAUGUAGGAAGAGAAGAGCAAGUGAAGCACAAUCGUUUUUUGAUAGUCUUAAGAAUAGGUUUGAGCCUGAUGUUGUGGUGUACACUAGCUUAGUUCAUGGGUGGUGCCGCGCCGGUGAUAUAUCGAAGGCUGAGGAGGUGUUCAGGGACAUGAAGAUGGCUGGAAUCAAGCCUAAUGUUUAUUCUUAUAGCAUUGUAAUUGACUCGUUGUGCCGGUGCGGACAAAUCACUCGUGCGCAUGAUGUUUUCUCAGAGAUGAUUGAUGCAGGUUGUGAUCCUAAUGCUGUUACUUUUAAUAGUUUGAUGCGGGUUCAUGUCAAGGCUGGACGGACUGAGAAGGUCUUGCAGGUUUACAAUCAAAUGAAGAGGCUCGGUUGUCCUGCUGAUACAAUUAGCUAUAAUUUCAUAAUAGAGAGUCAUUGUAGAGAUGAAAAUCUUGAUGAAGCUGUGAAGGCUCUCAAUUUAAUGGUUAAGAAAGGGGUUUCCCCUAAUGCGUCCACUUUCAAUUCGAUUUUUGGGUGCAUUGCUAAGUUACACGAUGUAAAUGGUGCGCAUCGGAUGUAUGCUAAAAUGAAGGAACUGAAGUGUCAGCCCAACACGUUGACUUAUAAUAUAUUGAUGAGAAUGUUUGCUGCCUCAAAAUCUACAGAUAUGGUUCUGAAAAUGAAGAAGGAAAUGGAUGAGAAUCAAGUUGAACCUAAUGUGAAUACUUACCGGAUUUUGAUUUUGAUGUUUUGUGAAAUGAAACACUGGAACAACGCCUACAAGCUAAUGAAGGAGAUGAUUGAGGAAAAAUGCCUAAAACCAAAUCUAUCGGUUUAUGAAAUGGUCUUAGAGCAGCUGAGGAAGGCUGGACAGUUGAAAAAGCACGAAGAAUUGGUGGAUAAGAUGGUUGCCAGGGGAUUUAUCACUCGCCCUUUGUAGAAAUACCUUCAUCAUUCAAAUGUGUGGGCUAAAUAAGACAACUUCCAAUGUGUCAUUUACAUCAUUCACGUGUCAUUUUUUUUUAAAUUUAGAGGCUCUAAUUCAUAUUUAUGUCCUGGUGUAGAAUGUUUGGUUUAGUGGGUUAAGAUCUUGGAUGGAGUUCUUUUCAAUUUGAUUAACAUGAAUCCUAUGAUGGUU